AUGAGCUCCAACAAUAUCUCGCCCGCGUCCCCGCGCACGCCCUCUUUCAGCGAGAAGGGUGAGGCCCACCAGUACAUCGAGAAUGCCAGCCAGCCCGUCGAACUCGAGCGCCGCUUCUCCUUCCUCGCCUGUCUUGGCCUGGGUUUCUCCCUCCUCAACUCAUGGACUGCCAUGGCGGCGUCGCUCUCGGUCGUCCUCAGCUCUGGCGGGAGCGCUGCCAUGGUGUGGGGACUUCUCGUCUCGGGCACCGGCACGAUGAUGAUGGCUAUCUCGCUGGCCGAGAUCUGUCACGUCUACCCCCUCUCCGGCGGGCAGUACGACUGGGCAUACGUUUGUGCUCCUCCGAGCAUCCGGAAGGGCGUAUCGUUCUUCACAGGCUGGAUGGCUUGUGCCGGUUGGACGUCGCUGUUUGCCGCCGCGAGCUCGCUUGGCGUGGCAUUCGUCACCGGCUGCCUCGGCAUGUGGAACGAAAACUACGAGGCGCUGAACUGGCACCUGUUCCUCAUUUUCCUCGCAUUCGCAUUCAGUGCGUCGGCUCUGAACGCAUUCGGUGUCAAAAUCCUCCCCACCAUCGACCGCUUUGCGGGCAUCUGGGGCAUGACAGGUAUCGUGGUGGUGAGCAUCACAUUGCUCGCUUGCUCGAGCGGCCGCUACCAACCUGCCAGGAAUGUCUUUGGUACCCUCACCAACGUCACUGGCUGGCCUGACGGGAUGGCUUUCAUCCUUGGCCUCCUGCAGAGCACUCUGGGUCUCACAGCCUUUGACGCAGCCUCCCAUAUGGUCGAGGAGAUCCCGCAGCCGGCCAAGAAUGCGCCACGCGUCAUGGUCAUGGCUGUUGGCCUCGGCACAAUCACGUCGUGGAUCUUCAUGGUCGUCCUCCUCUUCUGCCUUACGGACUUUGAAGCCGUCGCGGCUUCUCCCAACGGUCCCCUCCUCACAAUCUAUCACCAGGCAACGGGAAGCCUGGCGGGCAGCACUUGCCUCGUCAUCUUCAACCUCCUCAGCAUGUUCUUCUGCAUCCAGGCAGUCAACACUGUCGCAUCCCGCAUGAUCAUGUCAUUCAGCCGUGACCGCGGCAUGGGUCCGUUUUCGCGCUUCCUCUCUCCCAUCCACCCACGGCUCAAGGUGCCACUCAUGUCCAACGCCUUCAUCACGACCUGGGUUGUCAUUUUCGGCUGCGUGUGGCUCGGCUCAUCGGUCGCCCUCAACGCCAUCCUCUCCGCCGCAAUUCUUUUCGUACAGCUCUCAUAUAUUAUCCCGAUCAUCCUCGUCUUCAUUCGCGGCGAAAAGGCGUUUGAGGGUCACGAGCGCAAGUGGUCGCUCGGCAAGUGGCGCCGGCCCAUCAACCUUGGCGCAAUUGCGUUCGCCUCCAUCACAUCAAUCUGCUUCCUCUUCCCUCCUGCGAUCCCUGUGCUUUCCGGCUCGAGCAUGAACUGGGCCGUUCUUGUCCUCGCCAUUGUCAUGCUUCUCUGCGGCACGACCUGGCUUGUUGACGGGCACAAGAACUUCCACGGGCCCCUCGACCUCGAGGAGCGUCUCCUGGACGGCAAGAACGCGUGA